CCCUCAAACGACGACGUUAGGGCACGGUCAAUGAUCUGGCAUGUCCAUAAAGAACACGGAACCAACGCAAUUCACAACAAUCUAGGUUUUCUGACACCUCUUCCGAUUUCUCUUCCAGCUGGGAGCGGUGCGGGUUGCGUGCAAGGAGGAGAGCUCAAAGUCAAGGCUAUUUGACCGCGAUACGGUUGGUAUUCCGGGAUUCUAGGGUUUGGAUUUUGGAACGAGCUAGGGAGGAAGUGAAUCUCUGUCUUGGAUAUGGAUAGCUUGCAGCCGGCGGUGGCUUCCACGGCGGCGGCGGCGGUGGUGGCCGGCGAUGCUGUGGUAGUUGGAGGAGAGGCGGCGUCUGCUGUUGCUGUGGGAGUCGCGAGGACUUCCGGCGGCUCGGAGAAGCGGAAGCGCGGCCGGCCGCCGCGGGGACAGGUGACGGUCACGCCGAAGCCUCAACAACCGAGGAAGAUAUUGGAGGAGGAGGAUGUUUGCUUUAUAUGCUUCGAUGGCGGUUCUCUCGUGCUGUGCGAUCGGAAGGGCUGCCCAAAAGCAUACCAUCCGUCUUGUAUUAAGCGGGACGAGUCAUAUUUCUCCUCCAAGGCUAAGUGGAAUUGCGGUUGGCAUAUAUGCAGUGUGUGUCAGAAGGCUUCUCACUAUAUGUGCUACACUUGUACAUAUUCAUUGUGCAAGGGUUGCACUAAAAAUGCUGAUUACGUGUGCGUUAGAGGAAACAAAGGAUUUUGCUCUACGUGCAUGAAAACUAUCAUGCUGAUUGAAAAUAAAGAUGAAGCAAAUAAGGAGAAGGUUCAAGUAGACUUUGAUGACAUAACUACAUGGGAGUAUCUUUUCAAAGUAUACUGGAUUGAUUUAAAAGGAAAGCUAUCAUUAACUUUAAAUGAGCUCAUUCAAGCCAAACGUCUUGUCAACGAAGCAUCUAUUGGCUCAGUGGUUGGUGGUCGGGUAGAUCAAGCAGAGGUUAGAGGUGGAUCUGAAACUGCAAUUGCAUGUCUUUCCACAGAGAAUGUAACGUCUGCUGAUAAUAGUGAAACAGAAAAGUUUUGGUAUUACCGUGAUCCUACUGGUAAAAUACAGGGACCUUUUUCAACGAGUCAAUUGAGGGGGUGGAGUAAUGGAGGAUUCUUCCCACCUGAUCUGAAGGUAUGGAAAAAUGAUGAACAUGAUCAAGCAGUACUUUUAACUGAUGUGUUGCAUCAACAGUCCCAAAAAUCUUCGCAAAUCACGGGUGAUGUAGCAGUCCAGUCUUCGGGGCUUGGAGCAGUGUCAGAUAACAAAGGCAGUUUUGGGUUGCAUGACAGUUCUAGUGGAACAGUGAGUGAAAGUGAACAGACAAAAAUCCUCCUGCCUCAAGGUGUUGAAAAGGUCUGUUUGAAUGUUAGCAAUGAAAAUGUAAGGACGCAUGAGUCAGGUACCCAUUCUUUCUUGGAUUUGUUGAAGGGUAAUACUUCUCUUUCUGACAAAUCCCAAGAACAUAGCCAGCUUCAUUUAUCCAGUCAAGUAAAGAUGCAUGUAGGUGUCACACCGCUUGAAAAAGGCUUCGAAGGUGGUAGAUUUCAUUCUUUUUCAGGGCACGGAAAUCAGAACUCAUGUGGAAGCACUGCAUUUCAGGAAACUGUAGUUCAGGGCCACGAGAUGCACUCUAAUUCUAAGAACUGUUCGGUUCAAUCAUCUGGACAAAACUGGGAAUCCUUACCAAUAACAACCUCAAAACCUAUGCACUCUGUCACUCAUUUUGCUUCAGUUCCCAAAACUGAACCGCCUGAGCAGAAUGGCAGAAUGAAUUUCACAGCUCUCCUCAACCAUACACCGGAAGUUCAAGCUGCAGAAGAAUUGCUUUCCUUGUCUUCAGGUUUUCCUAUUCAACGUUCUAAUAUCCGUGAUGUGUCAAGUCCUUCACCAAGUGGUGAAGAUAUGUGUGGUCGGACUACAGAAACCAAGGAACACUCAACUUCAAAUGUCCCCGUUCAAGACUCUGGCAGAAGCUGGAGCAGUGCUUCUAGUCUAGUUAUUAAUGAAUGGGAUUCUGGCCUAGUCUCUAAUCCACCACUGAAAGCAGCACCAGAAACAGUGGGCGAUCAUGUUGCCACUCCUACUUCCGAUACCGACCAUCUUACUACUUCCUCUCCACCUCAUCUUAUUUCAAAUGUAUCCAACUGGCAGCCAAUUGAGUUCACUACUCUGGAUGAGGAAUCAGUAUCUGAUCUGCUAGCUGAAGUGGAUGCUCUGGAGUCUCAAAGUGGCUUGGGCUCACCAGCUUCAGCCUUGAGAUGCAGCAAGGAAACAAUACCAAGGUGCAAGAAUGAAUACUUCAACUUCUUCGAGGAGCUAAACCCUAUGCCUGAUCCUGCAAAAAACGUCCCCCUUGGUUCACUCCAUCAUGACAGAUGAACUGCAUGUGGAGGCCAAACUGAUGCUUUUGAUCCUUUAAAGAGGUCUGGAAUAACUUUUGUGUACAAGCAGUGAGGGAGAAAGAAAACCACCUGGGAAUCGAGCCAAUAGAGAGAGGGUGGUGUAGAGAUCCAAGAGACUGCACUUCUCAAAGAGGAGUUGUUGGUAGGGUUACCUUUGUGCAGUAUGAAGUGAUUUCAUUUAGAUGCUAUUCAACUAUCUUCUACUACCUCCAUGAAGGAACAAUUCAUCAACAGUUGCUUUUAGAUUUCUGGGCACAAUCUAUUUUUUGAGAGUAAGUUUGUAACUAAUGUUGUAAUUGUAUUUAACUGGAAAAAAGUGCAGCUAUGUGGGGCAUAAAGCAACAAUUUUCUGGAAAUAAUUUUGGUGGUUGACUUGGUGGGGGAUAGGGAAGCAGUGCCCCUUUAUGCCCAUUUAGCAGAUAUAUGUCUGUAAGACUGUAACCUGGAAGACUUUAUGUAUUAAUGAUGGUGUGCAUGUAUAUGGAACAGGAUAUGUAUUCUUUGUAUGAUACUGGAGAUGUAUUCUUUUCCAUGUUGAAGGUUCACUGUGUUUGUGCUGCCA